CUCCCUCUGAUCAGCCCUUCAAGAUGGUUGUCCUCGAGACCUCGGACCAAGAGCGCUUCACCGUCGAUAAGGAUGUGGCUGAGCGAUCCCUCCUGAUCAAGCAGAUGCUCGAUGACCUUGGAGACUCGGACAUGCCCAUUCCCCUCCCUAAUGUCACCAGCAACGUCCUCAAGAAGGUCCUCGAGUACUGUGGCCACCAUCGCCACGAACCCGUCCUCCCCACGGACGAGGGCGAAGAGUCCCGCAAGCGCCUAACGGACAUCAGCGAAUGGGACCAGAAGUUCAUCUCCGUCGACCAGGAGAUGCUAUUCGAGAUCAUCUUGGCCGCCAACUACCUCGAUAUCAAGCCCUUGCUCGACGUUGGCUGCAAGACGGUCGCUAAUAUGAUCAAGGGCAAGACGCCCGAGGAGAUUCGUCGUCUCUUUAAUAUCCAGAACGACUUUACACCCGAGGAGGAGGCCCAGAUUCGCAAGGAGAACGAGUGGGCUGAGGAUCGCUGAAGCGCAUCAGAGCGAGGCAAAGAAGGAGGCAGCGUGAUGGAGAGUGAAGGCCAAUGAUGGGCAGGCCAUGAGGGCCUGUGUUCACGACGACGCAUGUACUCGAGGGAAGAGGCACACUUCGCGCCAUGUCAUGUCAUGUCAAUCAGACAUUCGAGAUACACCUGAGUAGCUGGGGCAAGGCGAUGACGAUGACGAUGACGAUGAUGACGCUCGUGCGUGACAGCGCUACGGCGCACCUCAGUACAUUGGGAAACCAGGGUCUACCUGCUUACUCCACGCCGUCAGCCCGC